ACCCAGGAGAUACCAAUGUUUGAGUCUCGGAGAUUGUUCAACUCAGAUUCUGGAAUAGAGAUGACCCCUGCAGAAAGCAGUGAUGUAGAUAAAAUGUUGGCUGAUUCCAUAGAUGAGGAAAAACUUGAAGGUUAUAAAUAUAUUGAUAUAAGUAGAUCCCCAGACACAAAACCACCACAACCACCAGACAUUGAUGCAGAUGGAAACUCUUCCACUGAUCAGCAUUUACAUGAAGGUCUCACAAAGCCUUGGCUAAAAGACCAAUACAAAGACAAAAGUGAAGAUAUCUCUUUUGUUCCAUAUAUGGAGGAACCUGACACCCUGAUAUCCAAAGAAACCAAAACAUCACCAGUCACAAUCACACUUACCGGGGCAGAAAAUCCAUUAGAAACAGAUUUCUUUGAUAUUGACCCGUACAAAUCAGAUACAGGUUUAAAAGCAGGUUCUGAAGUGCCAACAGUAACCAUAUCUGAGCCAGAGGAUGACAGCUCCGAAUCUCCCACUCCACCAUCAAUAGAAACAGAUGUAAACAAAGAAACAUCCAACUGGGAGACACAAGGCAAACACCGUAUAUCAGAAGAGGAACUUAUCAAUGCUAUAAAAGCCAAAGAAGGAACAAAUGGAUUUCAUUCUGAGACACACAAAGAACAAAAGUCUCCUGGUGUUUAUGUAGAAAAGUCAGAUUAUACCAGUAAACCAGAAUUACCAGCUGUUCCCAUGCCCCUAGACAAUGAGACCUCCAGUGCCGAGUCAGGAGAUUCUGAGAUAGAACUUGUCUCGGAAGAUCACGUAGCAUCCGAGGAGGCUAUGCAAUCUGCCUACAUGACCUUCAGCCACAUGGGUGGACCCCCACCAUCACCGGCCUCCCCUUCCAUACAAUACAGUAUUUUAAGAGAGGAACGUGAAGCCGAGCUGGACAGUGAGCUUAUCAUAGAAUCGUGUGAUGGUUCCUCAGCCUCCGAGGAGAGUCCAAAGAGAGACCAAGACUCCCCGAUGAUGAAACCAAUGGACAUUAUAGAAGAGGAGGAAAGUUCUAGAUCUGAAAGUUUUGAUGGCUCAGACUAUGAAUCAAGCAGUUUCAAAGAGAGAAAACUCAACAUGGAAAACCUAGCAGAAUCCGCUGUUUAUUUAAAGAGUUCCUAUCUUGCAGACAUGAGUUCAGAUAUCCCCCUGAUCAAGAAAGAAGAAAAACUAGUUCAGAAGAAACCAGUAGAAUCAACAGUCUACCAGCGGAAGGUCUCUGGAAAGCCCAGCUCUGUGGUGCCAGCCUUAGUGCCGUUUCUAAGCAAGAAAAAAGCUAUUGACUUGUUAUACUGGCGAGACGUGAAGCAGACGGUGAUUGUCUUCGGAAGCGUUCUACUCAUGCUCUUCUCACUAACUCAGUUUAGUGUAGUGAGCGUCAUCGCUUACCUCGCACUAGCAGCUCUCUCAGCCACAAUCAGCUUCAGAAUCUACAAAUCAGUCUUACAGGCCGUACAGAAAACCGACGAAGGGCAUCCAUUCAAGGGUUACCUGGAUGUGGAAAUCUCCCUCUCUCAGGAACAGAUACAGAAAUACACAGACUGUCUUCAGGUUCACACAAACAGCAUUGUCAAGGAGCUGAGAAGGCUUUUCCUUGUCCAGGACUUGGUGGACUCUUUAAAAUUUGCCGUCCUCAUGUGGUUGCUGACUUACGUUGGAGCUCUGUUUAAUGGACUCACACUGCUUAUCAUGGCUGUUGUGUCCAUGUUUUCUCUGCCUGCUGUAUAUGACAAGUAUCAGACACAGAUUGACCAGUAUUUGGGGCUUGUGAGAAACAAUAUGAACACCAUUGUGGCAAAGAUCCAGGCGAAAAUCCCAGGCACCAAACAGAAAGAAUAAAGUGAACUUCAAGAAACUCAGCUUUUGGCAAACAAGCUGGAAUCAAAUUCAGAAACAGUCGUGUUCCAACACCUUAAUUAAAAUGUAUGGCACCAUUAUAUUUUCAACACCAUGUACCUAGAAACAUGUAAAUCGGGAAGCAGCAGAUUCAGCCUCGCUUCUGAUACUAGAAUACUCGCAAUCAGCUGUAUCAAGCACUCGAGUAUAGUGAAGAGAUACAAAAGUGUACUAGAUGUGAUUAUUUUAUUUAUUUAUUUUUUUGUGUUGCUUAAAAAGUGCAUGACGUUGGAAGCCUAAGUAACAUUACUUUUUUUUCUUUUCUUCGUGUUUAUCUGGUAUUCUCGGCAGCGCUUCUAUAACUUAAUGUGAUUUGUGGCUAGGGCUUUAUCCCAAGAGCACUGACGCAACAGUAUCAAGUUGUUUCGAUGUCUCUGGGCCGCUGGUUGGAUCUAUCUCAAUUAUAUAUAUGUAGAACUGUAGACUAAUGUUGCGUGUUUUCCAGCACAAAAAGUUAAACCAGUGUACGGUACUUCUAUCCGUUUUGUAUGAACAACACAGUACUCCUGUUGUAAAGGACUGAAAUGCAGAUAUACUUGUAUGGUAUCUAGCGAGUGCCGGCUUGUUAAGUUUAUUACAAUUUGUAUUACAUUCUCUGUAGUUCCCAGUGAACUUAUGGACUCUGAAUAUUUGCACUUAAUAUGUACUUGACACUGAAUGCAUAAAUAAAUGUUACUAAAUGUAUAAGGUUCUUCUUUUUUUGUUGCGCUUGAAAACCAAUGUGAUUAAUCAUCGAUACUUCAACCUAAGCUUCAAGACCGAAAUGCAUCUUCAAUUCACCUACAAGACUAUACAAGACUACAAACUAUCUACUGUAUCUUUUCUGCUAGCAGUUCCAUAAUCUCACUCACUAUUUCAGUCCAAAUAAGAAUAAAAGUAAAUUAUUGCCCA